AAGGCAGUUCUGUGAACAACAGCUGUGCUAUGUGGACCCACGAUUGCAAGGAGGAGUGCUUCUACGAGAGCGAGGAGUGCGCGGUGCCAGCGGCGAAGCGUGCCUGCGGGGUGCCCGGGGGCGGACAGGGCCCCCUAGCGCUCUUCUCGCCGCCCCCGCACCUCACCCCCGCCACACCCGACGGCUUCUCCACACCGGGGUCCGCCUCCUCGGGACCCGGCUCCGUUGCUGGGGGUGACGACGAGUGGCGGAACAUCCACGUGAUGCUAAACUGCAUUCUGAGCAUGGUGGAGAAGACAAAACGAGCACUGGCGAUCCUGCAACAUAGGGGUGCAGUGCCUGGUGUAGUAACUGAUGACUGGGGUCGUGGUGACAUCAAGCGGACAGCUGCAGAUAUCAUGGCACAGACGAUCCGCGCCACAGAGGAGCGCGUAGCAGAGGUCAAGCGUCGUGCAGAGGAGGCAGUGAAUGAGGUGAAGCGUCAAGCUGUAGCAGAACUGCAACGUGCAGUGGCUCAGGCGGAGGCGAAAGCUGCUGAGCUGGUGGCAGCAGAGCGUGCCAAGGUGGAGAAGGUGCUGGCAGAGGCACGCCGCCAGGCAGUCCCUACAGACGAUGAUGAGCCACCUCCAGCUGGGGCGACAGCGGCAACAGCCAAUGCCUGCUGGAACUGUGGACGACGUGCCAAUGAGACAUGCAGUGGCUGCAAUACGGCACGCUACUGUGGCGCCUUUUGCCAACAUAAGGACUGGGACAGUCACCACCAGGUGUGUUGCAAGCUGCCUCCACCUGUACCACUUUCGGUGCCAGCUGCCCCGAGCCAGCAACCCACAUCUAGUCCUGCAGUUCCGCCAACGGUAACUGGUGUGUCGCCUUCUGGUGCAACUCCAGCCAAGUGACGCAGCAAGCGCCGGCCCGUGCGGAGGGCCACUGCAACUUCACAAUGAUGACUGAUGUACACCUCAUUGUCUCCAGUGCCGAGGGAAAGUAUGAUAAGCCUUUAUCACCAGUAAUGCGUGAAAUACAAAGGCAACUUGAACUGAUCUAUACAUGUAGUAGAUUUUUUUUUCCUAAGGGUCAUGUGACUGCCAAGAUCAGAUUUCGUUAGUAGGGCUCAGUUAUUGGAUGGAAGAUACAAGUAAUUUUUUUUUUUUUGGCAAGAUAAUUACACUAGAAAUUAGUGUAUGGACUGAAUACA